CAUCUGUCAUUUUCACUUAAACUCGUGUUGUGUAUGUGCGUGGUUAUUUACAAAUUAAAUAAAUGGCAAAUACAUUAUAAGUUAUUAAAGAAUACAAGCAUUCAAAAUGAAUGACAACGACGGAAAAGAGUUUGCUGAGCUUGGUAUCAAGACCUGGCUUAUCAAGCAGUUAUUUAGCCUCGGCAUAAGAAGUCCAACGCCUAUCCAAAAAGGUUGUAUAUCCCGCAUACUGGCUGGUGAUGACUGCAUCGGUGCAGCUAAGACAGGUUCGGGCAAAACCUUUGCAUUUGCUCUGCCUAUACUGCAGCAUCUUGCUGAAGACCCUUAUGGAAUCUUUGCUUUAGUACUGACGCCAACACAUGAGUUAGCUUAUCAGAUUGCAGACCAAUUUAGCAUCUUAGGCCAGCCACUCAAGUUAAGAGUAUGCAUUGUGACUGGAGGAUCAGAUCAAUUGGAAGAGUCCCUGAAGCUGGCGAAGAGGCCCCACAUUGUCGUAGCCAUGCCAGGGCGGCUGUCGGACCAUAUCACGGGAUGUGACACCUUCAGCUUGAAGAAGAUUAAGUAUUUAGUGCUUGAUGAGGCAGACAGACUCUUCAGUGAAUCGUUUCAAGAUGACUUAGAGACAAUAUUCAAUGCUUUACCCGCACAGAGACAGAACUUACUAUUCUCGGCUACAAUCACAGAUGAUGUGAGAGACUCUAAGCUACUGCCACUUAAUAAAGAGAAACUUCUAACCUGGACAGAAACAGACACACAACUAACAGUGAACACUCUAGACCAGCGUUACGUGGUAUGUCCCGCGUAUGCUCGGGACGUGUACCUCGUGCAAACGUUACGCAAGUACCGGGAGACGAAGCCGAGCAGCCAUAUAAUUGUGUUCACUGAUACUAAGAAAGAAUGCCAAGUCCUCUCAAUGAUGCUGAACGCCAUAUCUAUGGACAACGUGUGCCUGCACGGGUUCAUGCGUCAGAGGGAGCGAGUGGCUGCGCUCACGCAGUUCCGCAGCAACCUCAAGUGUACGCUUGUGGCUACUAACGUGGCGGCUAGGGGGCUGGAUAUACCCACUGUGGACUUGGUGGUCAAUCAUAAGUUGCCGUUGGAACCUAAGGAGUAUAUUCACAGGGUAGGUCGCACAGCCAGGGCCGGUAGAAGUGGCAUGGCUAUCUCACUCAUCACGCCUUAUGAUAUACUACGACUCGGAGAGAUAGAAGACGCCAUAAAAACCAAGCUUACUGAGUAUAAGAUUGAUGAUGACGAAGCAGUGAAAAUCUUCACGACCGUCAGCGUGACGCGCAGAGAGCAGGAAGCGCAGUUAGACAAUGAGGAGUUUGAGCAGAGGAAGAGGAACUACCGCGUCAAGCGCUGGAUACAGGCCGGAGUUGACCCUGACAUGAUGGAGGAAGGGCUUGAAGAAAUGCGCCGCAAGCGCAUAAAAGCUGCCAAGAAGGCUAAAUUAGCCAAAAUCAAGGAGGUACAAUCACAAAUUCAACCAACAAAACCACAAAAUGAGGACCGACUGCAAACUGAAGAUAUUGACGCCUCCAUCAAAGAUGGCUUGAAGAAAGUCAAUAAGACACUCAUGAAAAAAGAUGAAAGAUUCAAAGAUUUUAUAGGCAAGGUAACUAAGAUUAAAAGGAAAGCUGAAAAUGUGAAAGUGAAAGAUGUGCCAGAGGGGGGUAAAAAGAAAAAGAAAGUCAAAGGAGUGUUGGUAAAUAAAUGAUUGUUUAUAACA